UCUGGUUUGAAAUGUAACCUCCUUAUUUUAAUCAAACGUAGUCAAACGCACGUGUGAAAAAUGGCCAAGUCGUUGCGUAGUAAAUGGAGAAGAAAAUGCAGGGCGGUAAAGAGAGAACGUUACGCGGUAAAGGAAUUAGACAGAUUGAAGAAGACCCUUGGCAUUGAAAAUGCACCUAAAGAUGUUGAAAUGGCAGAUAUUCAAGAAAUUGCUACAGUUGUUGACGCAAAAAAAAUCAAGGAAGAGCAAGCUAAAGCUAAGGAUACGAAAAGCGAUGCAAUCACAGAUCAAGAACAGAUGGAAGUAGAAAAGAUAGAAAAUGCCAGAGUGUAUAAUAAGAAAACAUUGCGUGAUCAAUAUGGUAAUUAUCCUGUAUGGAUGAACAGACGAAAGGUACUCAAACAUAAAAAAGGUCGAGCAAAAAUGCAGAAGGCCAGCAAAGUAACGAGCAAAAGGCUCACCAGACGACAGAAAAAGGCAAUAAAACAAAAUUAAAUAUUUCUCCACAAAUUGUGAAGUUAAUUUUUUCGCGCUUAUAAACCUUUAAAUACGUGGGUCGUUUGAUAAGUUUGGUAAAUUUCCGUGAAAUUGCGCCACAAUUUUGCAAGUUUUGAGACAAUCUAUUUUUUCGACAGUUAAAAAAUUGGAAUCUCGUUGGACCAAGUGUAUAGACCUCAAUGGAGACUAUGUUGAGAAAUAACGUAGAUUUUGUGUUUUACAAUGUGUUUUACUUGCUUUUUUACCAAAUUUAUCAAACGACC